UAUGACACAUGUGCGCUCUGAGCUCAGCCCACAAAGGGAAGCGGUGCAGGUACAAAGCUCGAGCGCCGUCGAAACGGCAGUGGGAUGACAUCGGAUAUGACGGAUAACGCGGAGAGCACAAUCAACAUGGACGAGUUUUUCAGAACGGUGGGGGAGGUGAGAAGCCUUAUUGAAAAAAUCUCAUGUCAAGCAGAGGAAGUGGAGAAGAGACAUGGCGCCAUUCUAUCCACCCCAAACCAAGAUAAGAGAACCAAAGAGGAGCUGGAGCAACUGAACAUUGAGACCAAAAAGAACGCCAACUUGGUCCGGUCCAAGCUAAAAUCAAUGCAGGAUGACAUUCCUGCGGAUGAUAAAAGUACUUCAGUAAUCCAUCGUAUUCAGAAGAACCAGCACUCUCACCUGACUCGGUGGUUUGCUGACAUAAUGAAGGACUACCAUAAGGCCCAACUCUCCUUCAGAGAGAAAUGCAAAGCUCAAAUUCGGAGACAGCUGGAGAUUGUGGAUAAAGUGACUACAGAUGAAGAGCUGGAAGAGAUGCUGCAGCGUGAUGAUCUUGCCAUCUUCAUAUCUGAUAUCAAUUCUGUCACUCGGAUUUCAAGCCAGGCUCUGAGUGAGAUUGAAUCUCGUCAUCAGGACAUCAUCUGCCUCGAGUCCAGCAUCAAAGAGCUGCACGAGAUAUUUGCUGACACUGCCAUGCUGUUGGAGACUCAGGGGGAGAUGAUCAACAACAUAGAAAAGAAUGUGACGAGUGCUGCAGAGUUUGUAGACAUGUCCAUAUCAGAGACCUCUGAAGCAGUCGCGUACAAGAAAAAUCCAUACAAGAUAGCAUCUCUCCCAAGCUUCUUAAAGCCCUUCAAAAAGAAAACCACUGCUCAAACUGCUACUGAUCCGAGCACCUGAGACGUAGACCCUGAUCAGUUUGAACACUGAUUACCUCCUGAUCAGCAUCAAAGCCUCUCCUCAACAGAACACACUUUUCACCUGAUUUAUGUGCCUGUUUUACUCCCUCUUCUUUCUACGGGAUACUGAAGAAUCUGUUGUUUUUUGCCUUAUAUUGUGAAUUUGAACUGCUGUGACACAGACCUGUCAGAUGAAAGUGGCACGAUGCUGUGGACUAACCUUGAAUGUCGGCUCACCUGUGGACUUUUAAAAGAACAAAUGCUGCAUACAAACUCCAAAUAUCCAGAAGUUGUAACUAAUUUGUCAGUCGGCCAAUUCUGAGACUUUCAGUUUCAGACCGGCAAAUUUUCUCUAUUUCCAUUAUGAUACUUCAGCUAUUUACAAUAACCAUUAAAUACACAAACCCACUGGUUUGUGUAUUAGCUGGUCUUCCUCUCAGUUACCAGUAGGUGGCAUGACAACAUGAGUGAGAGCUCUGAACCAGGAUCAUUUAGCUUCUUUCCUCUCUGCAGUCCUGCUGAUUUCUGUUUCUGGCGUUUUUAUCUGAUACUGUCUUUUACUAAUGUAGUACAAUUUGAUGUCAUGUUGUUUGAUACUCAGAAAGACUUGUCUAUGUCAAUUGUAAAAUGAAUAUGUGGCUACUGUAAAUUAUGUAUUAAUGGUGCUUUAUUCUAAUGUGUGAUUAAAAGAGGGAAAAGGAUUAGUGUGACCACAGAUGCUGCAAUCAGGCAUUAUGUGUGAAGUACAAAACUAUAGCCAUUGCCAUAAAAAAAUGAAAUCACA